UGUUGUUGGCAACAAGAAGAAGAUACCAGAGUAUUCGAACCUUUAGCCUCAAGUGGUCGCCGGCUAUUUGUUCAAAUAGCCGCUAUUUUUUGUAAAGGUUUUGUUUUGAAUUAAGUUCUUUGAUCGCAUUUCUAGCUCGUUCAGAACAGGAGAUAUUAAAGUUUAUUACAGCUUGAAAAUUCCAGAGUCAUCAGAUCUGACCAAUCUAAUAAGUAUCAAGAGUCUAUGUUAGAACCUAAGUAGUUAUUGCUAUCAAUUUCUAUAAAUUUCUGUAGGAUUGUAACUAAAACGACGCUUGGCAGCCAUUUUAAAAUCUAUCCGCCAUAUUGCUUUGCUAGAUCAAUGCAACUGCUCCAAAAUGCAGUUCAAAUCUCUGUUUUUUAUAAAAAUAUAUAAUAUUGUAAGCUAGGACGUCUAGCGCGGCUAGUUUAUUUUAUCUUCAGCGCAGGACUCACGUAUACGUCAGCUAACUGUAGAAGACGUACAUCAGGUUGAUCAAAAGUAUUAUCCAUCCAAAAGGGUGUCUGUAAAAUAAAUAAAAUCGGUUUGUUAAAGAAAAAUGUAAAAGUGUACAAGUUUAGUACAUUUAAGGAAUUAUCAGAGGUAUCCAGGAACAAGGAUGUCGAUGAAUGAAACGGAAGGGUGUGAACAGAAUAAGGAUGUUUACAAUGACCAGGAAAAUGCCACAGUUGUGGAGAAGACGGAAAAAGAAGGGAAUGUGAUAAGAGGUGCUGGAGAUGUUCCAGAGAAAUUUCAUGAAAGUGUAUCAGCUGAUGUCCAAGAGGAAAGAUUGGACAAUGAUGAUGAAGAGAUUAAGCAGGACAAUCAAGCUAAGUUGGGGAAUGAUGUAGAGGCAGUAGAAUUGAAAUAUCUCGAGGAACAGGCUAAUAUGAAGCAAAUGAUUGAUAAGUUCCAAGCUCAGUGCCACUAUCUCCAGACAAUGGUGAAACAGCGCGAGGAGACAAUAGCAGCUUGUGAUAAGAACAAAAGUCUACUUGAGAAGGAGAAUCAACUGACAAAACGAGAACUGGAGCUGGCAAUGCGAGAGAAGGAAAGUGCUGUAAUUAAGUAUUGUACACUAGAGAAGAAGAUCAUUGAUGCAACACAGCUGAAGGAUGCUGCUGAGAAGAAGAGUAAAGAAGCUCUCAAGGAGUGUGAGCUACUCAGUGGGAAGAUAAAAAUGUUAAAUGGCGAAAAGAAUAGAAUAUGCAGUAUGUUGGAUCAAAAAUGUCACGAAGUUCGAUUACAUCAGAAGGAAAUUGAACGGUUGAAGGAUGAAAAUACAAAUCUGGAAGCAAAGGUCAAAUGGAAUGUUGGAAAACUGAAGCAGGAAUCGGACCUGAAGCAGUCUCUUGAAAAGAGAAUUGAUGAACUAACAACUGAAGUGAAUCAGCUGAAAUGCAAUCAGGCUACAUGGGAAAAGUGUGAGGCAGAUUCAGAGCGUGUAGCUCAAAUGGAGAAACAGUAUAUGGAACAACAGGCUUCCCUCAUACUCCUUAAGCAUUCCAAUGAAGAGAAGGAGGCAAAACUUGAGGUGUCAGAAAAGAAACUUCAGGAUAUGCAAAAUGAGUUGGUAGCUCUACGAACAAAGUAUUCAACAGUCGCGGAGGAGAAGGAGAGUCUUGAUAAGGAAAUGGAGAGAUUAAAAAGCGAAAUAAGUGAACUACAGACCACACUAGAUCAGGAGAUACUUAAAGUUGCGGAUUUACAGUCAAAACUGAGUGAUUUGGAAGCAACAAGGGCACAAUUAUCCAUUGAGAAGGAAAAUAAAGUUCGCCUAAGUCGUGAGUAUGAAACUCUAACGAAGAACUAUGAAGAUAACUUAAUGGAAUUGGAAGAAAUCCGUACAAAGGAGUCAGAACUGUUGCAAAUUAACAAAGUUCUCACAGAAAAGAAUGUUAAGCUGCAAAAUGAAAUUACCCUCUAUAAUUCCAAGGCAGUAGCUCUAUGUUUGGAGAAUGAGUCAAUAAAGAAGGAAAAGAAAAAUUACGAUGAUCGAAUAAGCGAACUUGAGAGAGAUCUCGAAAAGGAGCGUAGUCAGAAGAAUGAUGAAAGGCUCCUGCUAACGAAGCAUAUAUCGGAAAAGACUAAAUUAUGUGAGGCAACACGCAAGAAGCUAGAUUCAGCACUUGGAGAUCUAGAUGCGGCAAAGAAGAAGCAUGCACAAACUAUUAAAGAGCUCAAUCGAGAAAUGGAGAAAAUUCGACGGAAACAAGCAAACUCAGUAUCUGAGAAUAAUUCUGAAAAAGAAUCAUCGCCUCAAGUGAGUGAUACGGACUCCCGCGUAAGCCAUAGAAUAGCUAAUUCGGACGGGAGUUCCUCACCACUUCCAACACCUGAUAACGAACCCUCACGACAGACGUUGAUUGAUCGUAUUCUACGACUGCAACAGGCAAGUGCGCGGCAAGCUGAGAAGAUAGACUUCUUGGAGAAUCAUUCGGCUUCAUUGGUUACGGAAUUGCAGAAGAAGACAAAAGUGCUGCAAGACUAUAUGCUGCGGGAUCAAUGCGGCGCCCUUGCAUCGUCCAAAAGUGAUCGGCAUAAGGCUGAACUUGCAAACUAUGGUGGUGGAAUAAUGGCGGCAAUCUAUGGGGGAUCUAACUCAAACAAAAGUGGAGAGAUGACUCUUGAGUUGUCCCUGGAAAUUAAUCGAAAACUGCAGGCACUUCUCGAAGAUACCCUUCUUAAAAAUAUUACCCUUAAGGAAAAUCUGGAUACCCUUGGUCUUGAAGUGGACAAAUUGACCCGAAGAUUAGCAAUGAAAUGACACAAAUUCAUUAGGAGGGAUUGAUUAAAUAAAAGUUUUCGACUUCCCAUUUCCUGAUCGUAAAGUUUCGACUAUCGAUGUUAAAAUUUUCAAAGGAACUCUUCAGUUUCUAGGUGACUAAAUCGAAAAAAUAAAUACAGAACAAAGGAAAAAUGAUUAAAAUGUUGAGAUUUUCUUUUUAUCUUACAAGAUGUGUCAUGAUGUUGUACAUAAGUAUUACGAAAAUAUAAAUAAUGUAAUGAAUAUAAAAAAUA